AUAGUGUAUUACACAGCUAUCUGUAUAAAUUCAACGUUUGUUUUGAAUAAAAUCGGUAGCAAGUAUUAAGCGCUUUUUAAAUAUGAUAUAAAUAAUAUAAUAAAUAUGAAAAGUCAUGCUUGUGCCAUUAUUACUAACGGUGGUCAUCACACUGAUAUUGCCUUGAAGAUUUACAGUAACCGUGUAUUAAUAAUUGCAACACAUUUAAAGAAGUUAGGAUCAUUAAUAGCAGUAACUAAAGGAUCUUCAUUUCAUCAGUUUAAUAAUAGUAUAUAUUCUGCAAAGGUUUUGUUUGGAAGAGAUGAUAUUGAAAUUGUGGCAGCUGCUCGUUAUAUAGCAGAACAGAUUAAUUUAGAUAAACCAUUAUUGAUAUCAUUAUCCUUAAAAAAUUAUGAACCAGAUACUUUGAGAGCUAUUGCUAAUGCUCUAAAAGAAUCAAAGUGAUAUUACUGUUAUAAAACAAAUGUGUAAAUAUGAGUUUGAUAUUUGGUCAAUUAGUAAUUGGUCCACCAGGAAGUGGAAAAACAACAUAUUGCCAUGUUAUGAGCAAGUUUUUGGAAAAACUUGGUAGAAAAGUGGCUAUUAUCAACAUUGAUCCUGCAAAUGAGAAUAUGGAAUACACACCAAUAGUUGAUAUAUCUGAAUUAAUAAAGCAUGAGGAAGUAAUGUCACAUUAUGGACUUGGACCAAAUGGAGCUUUAGUUUACUGUAUGGAAUUUUUAGAAGCUAAUGUAAAAUGGUUAAUUACAAAGAUCUUAAAUCUAAAAGAUCAUUAUAUUAUUAUUGAUUGUCCAGGACAGGUUGAAUUAUACACACAUCACAAAUCAGUCAGUAUAAUUGCUGAAAAAUUAGCCCAAAAUUUAGUAAGGUUAUGCAGUGUACAUCUUGUUGACUCUCAUUAUUGCAGUGAUGCUGGUAAAUAUUUGUCUUCAUUAAUUUUAUGUACAACUACUAUGCUGCAAUUAGGUUUACCUCAUGUUAAUGUCAUGACAAAAUUUGAUGAAAUGAAAAAGUUCAGUCAGUAUCUAGAUUUUAAUAUAGAUUUUUAUACUGAAGUACUUGACUUAAAAUACUUGUUAGACAAACUGGACGAAAAUCCAUUUACAUCAAAGCAUAAAAAACUGAAUGCAGCUUUCGUGUCAUUAAUAGAAGACUACAGUCUUGUUAGCUUUAUACCAUUAGAUAUUUCUAAUCAAGCUUUAUUAUUGCAAGUAAAAAAUGCUGUGGAUAAAGCUAACGGCUAUAUUUUUGGAGGAAACGAACCGCAAGAUGUUCAAACGUUACUUGCUUGCGCAGUGGGAGCAGUAAGUGAAACCGAAAAAACAUCCACAAUAGAUGAGUACUUCUAAAGAAUUUAUUUUCUAAAAAUAAUCCAUUUAAUAUUAUUUUGUUCAUAUUAAUAUCAUUUGAUGUAUUAAUAAAUA